CUCGCCUGGUCCCCCUCAACUAAGGCGAUGAGAAUUAUCUCUUCCUUUCUCUUUCCCACCUUGAGAACUCCCUCAGGACAUUCCUUACUUCCCUUCGCUGCUCGAUACCCAAAUCUUCGUCCCUGGCAGGCCCAUUUCCAUCUCAAACCCAUGCAUUUAAACGCCUCCCGUUAUUCGCUCCUCUGUGCACAGUGAUUCUCCGCCCUAUUAUACUCCAACCCGACACAUCAGCCUGCUCUGGUGUUUGAACAUCCCAUCCGUGCCUCGAGCAGCGACUUCAGCCUUCUAUCCACCGCAAGCUUCCCACUCCGUCCAACAACCUCGGAGUCCUCUGCGAUUCGUACCGUGUCGGGUUCAUCGCGGCUUUUAUCGGCAUCCUUCUUCAACGUUCGACUUCUUCCAUUUAUCGUCUAAUCGCAUCGUCUAAUCUACGCAUCGUCAGCUGCAGUCAGCCCCCCAUUCUGUGGUCCAGGACCCUCCAUAGCUAGCUGCCUUCCUCGAUCUAAACACCUAUUCGCCAGCCCCGUCAAUCUUUCACCGCUAUUGAUCGGAAACAGCCGGCUGUCUAGGUUUACCCCGGAUUGCAGCGCCUAUUUCGACCGUUCUUUUUGGGAAGUUGGAAGCCUGUUCUCUACACCUGCGUCGUGGUCAUAUUGGUAACGAUGGGUGGGUGUUUGAGUUCGAGUCCGGGCCAUAGCCCGGAUGAGAUCGUCGACCAGAAGAAGAGAAGCCAAAUGAUUGACAAGAAGCUGGAGGAGGACUCAAAGAGACUGCGAAGGGAAUGCAAGAUUCUCCUCCUUGGUUCCGGAGAAAGCGGAAAGUCCACGAUUGUGAAGCAGAUGAAAAUUAUCCAUCAGAAUGGUUACACAGUUGAAGAGCUAUCGAUGUGCCGGCUCACCGUCUAUAAGAAUCUCCUCGAAUGCGCAAAAUCACUGGUGACCGCCAUGUAUGACUUUAAUAUCAUGCCGACCAGUUCGAAAGUGCGCGAGUUUAUGGAGUAUUUGGACGAAUACAACAUUGAUCCCGACCCAAACACCCCUCUUGAUCCCAAAGUUGGCGAGGCCGUUACAUAUCUGUGGAAUGAUCCGGCCGUUCCGACAGUCCUUGACCGUCAGAAUGAAUUUUAUCUGAUGGAUUCAGCACCCUAUUUUUUCGAUGAAGUAAAGCGCAUUACGUCGCCCGAUUACAUCCCGAAUGAAGCGGAUGUCCUUCGAGCGCGAACGAAAACAACCGGUAUAUACGAAACAAGGUUUACAAUGGGUCAGCUUAGCAUUCACAUGUUUGAUGUUGGUGGCCAAAGAAGUGAGCGCAAAAAAUGGAUUCAUUGUUUCGAGAAUGUAACGUCGAUAAUAUUUUGCGUGGCGCUGAGCGAAUAUGACCAAGUGUUACUGGAGGAGAGCAACCAGAAUCGAAUGAUGGAAAGCCUGGUGUUGUUUGAUUCGGUAGUCAAUUCACGCUGGUUUAUGCGGACCAGUAUUGUUCUAUUUUUGAAUAAGGUGGAUCUCUUUAGACAAAAGCUCGCACGAUCGCCGCUGAGCAGGUACUUCCCUGACUAUUCAGGGGGUAACGAUAUUAACCGAGCCGCCAAAUACCUUCUUUGGAGAUUUAAUCAGGUGAAUCGAGCGCACCUGAACCUUUACCCUCACCUAACUCAAGCGACCGAUACUUCAAACAUCAGGCUUGUCUUCGCUGCGGUCAAGGAAACAAUCCUGCAGAACGCCUUGAAGGAUUCUGGAAUCCUUUGAGCCUUCCGGGAAGCGCCAACCGCUUCCUUCAAACUAACCUCUCUUACCUUCCACCCAUAUAUCUAUCCUCAUUUUACGACAUCUACGUCUCUCAGGGUGUGGCAUAUAUCUACAAUUCUGCGCCAGAGAAACAUAAUCUCCCUAUCCCGUUGGUGUAGUCGCCUGAAUAUGUGCUAUUCUACGACCGGGCUCCAAGCUUAUUUUUCAGUGUUUUCUCGGACUUGCACGGCGUUACUUGGGGAACGAUAAAUUGAUUCCAUUUCCGGCGCCGUGUGGCAUGAUAUGCAUAUUGUUCUAUACACUACCUGUUUCUGGUUCGGUUUCUUCGGGAUUUCAAAUGCGAAUUUGUUUAAAUUCUUCGCCGAGUUCACUCGCGCCCAAAAUCUUUUCUGGUUCAGUUGAUCGAUUCAAUUUAUACCGAGUUACUUCACACGCUCAAUCCCCAGGUUUCUUAUUUUGGCUCUUUGACCUGGAAU